CUCCAUCUAGAUAUCAAAACAAGCUUUACGAUUUACGAUCAUCGUCUUGGCUUGAACUUGACUUUGGUGAGACAAGAGUCUCGGAACUCUCAGCUGUCUUGGACGACCGAUUUCAAAAUGCCAGCCUUAGCUAUCACUAACUUCAACAUUGUGUUGAGCGUCCUGGGAGGAUGGAUCUCUCUCUUCGGGCUGGUCUCAUACCUCUGCAAGGAGAGCUACUACAUGUCUGAAGCCUUCAUCUCCCUAUUGGUAGGCGUUGCUUUCUCCCCGCGCGCCGCCAACUUCAUCCGUCCUCUCGCCUACGCCGACUAUGACCCCAUCGCCUUGCAGGAAAUCACCCUCGCUUUCUCCCGUCUUGUCCUAGGCGUACAGCUUGUCCUCGCCGGCGUCCAACUUCCUAGCAGAUACCUGCAUCAACAAUGGCGCCCACUCUCCAUGCUUCUUGGUCCUAUCAUGUUCAUGAUGUGGAUCGCAACCAGCCUGCUCGUCUGGGCUCUCAUACCCAGCUUCGGUCCCAACGGCAUGGGUUUCCUGAAGGCACUGGUUAUCGGCUCGUGCGUGACACCCACGGACCCGGUUCUCUCCAACGUCAUCGUCAAGGGCCGGUUCGCCGAUCACAAUGUACCCAAGGAGCUGCAGCGGAUUAUCGUCGCCGAGUCGGGCGCCAACGACGGACUCGGCUACCCCUUCCUCUUUUUUGCCCUGUACCUGAUCAAGUACAUGGGACACGACUACCCCGGCGACGGCGCGGGCGCCGGCAGGGCCAUGGCGCUCUGGUUCUGCGAGACGUGGGUCUACACCAUCAUCCUGUCCAUCGUGUACGGCGCCGCGGUCGGCUGGAUUGCCAAGGAACUGCUCCACUGGGCCGAGGAGCGCAAGUUCGUCGACCGCGAGAGCUUCCUCGUCUUCGCCAUCUCGCUGGCGCUCUUCAUCACGGGCACGUGCGGCAUGAUCGGCAGCGACGACGUGCUCGCGUGCUUCAUCGCGGGAAACGUGUUCACAUGGGACGACUGGUUCCGGCUGGAGACGCUCGACGACUCGCUGCAGCCGACUAUCGACAUGCUGCUCAACGUCACCAUCUUCAUGUGGUACGGCGCCGUGUGCCCCUGGGAGAUGUUUCUGCGCAACGGCGUGGGCGUGCAGAUCUACCGGCUCAUCGUGCUCGGGAUCCUGGUCCUCUUGCUAAGACGCUUGCCGUGGGUGUUCAUCGCGCACAAGAUCCCCUGGGGCCGCAAGGUGAUCCCCCAGAUCGAGGGCGCUAAGCAGGCCAUCUUCGUGGGCUUUUUCGGGCCCGUGGGCGUCUCGGCCAUCUUUUACCUGUACAUCACGCUCGAGUUCUUGAGAGGUAUGGACGGCCCCGACGGGAAGCCGCGCGAGGACGUCAAAGAUUUGGCGGAGACGGUCACGGUGGUGGUCUGGUUCAUGGCCAUCUGCAGCGUCGUCGUUCACGGCCUAAGCAUCCCUGUAGGUAAACUCGGCGUCCAUCUCCCUCGCACGCUAUCCAAGGGUCUCAAGAGCGGUGCCGCGUCGCCUUCGCGCUCGGUUAUUCUCCCGGACUCCAGACGCUCUAGCGGCGGACCGUUGCCAUCGUUCAACAUUGGCGACAGGGUCAACUCCUUCAUCACUGGCAUGAGACCUGGGUGGGUAAGGCCUGCUGAGAGGCGAACCCAUGACGAGCACGGGCACGAUGCAGAGAGACAUGGUGAAGCCGCCGAAGACAGUCAGCAAGGGAUCCCGUUGACGCGUCCCUUCUACAGAACUGGUGGAACCAUCAUUCGCAAUCCUCCUGCCUCUGGUACCGGUGCUGUUGAAUCAGAGGCACAAGGUGUUGCGGCUGUGGGUGACGUUGAAGGGCCAUCUCAAUCUCAGUCCCGGCCUGAUACUACUUCUGCCAACUCUAGCAAUACGACUCUUGAUGACGGCAGGCGUGGAAGAGGUGUCUCGGCCACACCGGCGGCUCGCGAGGCAGCGGCUUCAAAGUCUCACAGCCGAGCGCCGGGGCGGUCUAUUCGGUUCCCGGACGAUAACAGCCAGGGUGUUGGGAGCGCGCCGACGCUUGUUGGUGAAAACACUGCUAGUAUCAAACACUAGGCAUGCUGGGCUGGUCGGAUCAUGUCG